GGGCCAAACAAAAAAAAGAUCAAUAGAAAUCCUUUUUCUCUCAAUAUAUAAUAAUAUGCUGGAUCGAAAUACACACAAAGUAAUUUGGAUGGAUUCAAGCAAUCAUCGAACUUAAUCCUUCUAAAAUAUCGAAAGUAAUCUUUCCCUUUUUUCUUUUUUAAUGAGUAACCAAAACUAUGUAAUCUCGGAGAAUGCCGGAAAAAAUACUCACCAUCUUCCUGUUAUGGUUGUCAUGGUUCCUUUACCGGCGCAGGGUCAUCUAAAUCAGCUCCUCCACCUCUCUCGCCUACUCUCUGCCUUCAACAUCCCUGUCCACUUCGUUGGCACCGCUACGCACAACCGCCAAGCGCAGCAUCGCGUUGGUGCAGAAAUUAGCAACCAUCUGAUCCAAUUUCAUGACUUUGACAUACCAAUAUUCCCUUCUCCUUCUCCAAACCCCAAUACAACCCACAAAUUCCCCUCUCAUCUCAUCCCCUUAAUGACUGCUGCGGCAGUCCACCUUCGUCGCCCUCUCGCUGCCUUUCUUUCUUCACUUUCUUCAAAAGCAAAACGACUCAUAGUCAUCCACGAUUCCCUAAUGUCGUCUGUGGUUCAAGUCGUAGACACCAUUGUCAAUGUCGAAUCAUACAAUUUUCAUAGUGUUUCAGCUUUUGCUGCCACUCUCCAUUGCUUGGAGCGUAAAGGGAUUGGAGGUGGUGACGACAACUGUGAAAGUACGAAAUUCUACAAAGAGCAUGUUAUUUUAAAGGAAUCAAAUAGUGUUCGUUCAUGUGAAAACUGUUUUCCAACGGAGUUUUUGGAUUUCAUUAAGUCGCAGUUUGAUCAGCUACCCAAAAAGACAUGUGGAAAAAUAUAUAACACUUGUAGAGUGAUUGAAGGCUCGUCUUUGAAGUUGAUUGAAAGAAUUGAAAAUGAGUUUAAUCACUGGGCAUUGGGUCCUUUCAACCCUGUCAAAAAGUUGAAGAAUGGGGAGAGGUCGUCGUCUAAGCAUAGCUGCAUGUCAUGGCUAGAUCAACAAGAGCCAAGAUCAGUGAUGUAUAUCUCGUUUGGGACGACAACAACAGUGGAAGACAAACAAAUUAAAGAAAUAGCAAUUGGGUUAGCAAGAAGCCACCAAAAGUUCAUUUGGGUCAUUCGAGAUGCCGAUAAAGGCGAUAUCUUUCACGACGACAAUGACAAAAAGCCCAAACUGCCAGAAGGUUACAAUGACUUAAUUGGUGAUCGAGGGUUGGUAAUAAGAGAAUGGGCACCACAGUUGGAGAUACUGAGCCACUGGGCGACUGGAGGGUUUAUGACGCAUUGCGGAUGGAAUUCGUGCAUGGAGAGCAUGACAAUGGGAGUGCCAAUGGCAGCAUGGCCUAUGCACUCGGACCAGCCAAGGAACACGGUGCUUGUGACCGCGAUAUUGAGAGUAGGGGUGGUGGUGAAGGACUGGGAUCAAGGGGAGGAGGUGGUGUCGGCAUUGACCGUGGAGGAGGCGGUGAAAAGAUUGAUAGUGUCGGAGGAAGGGGCAGAGAUAAGAAUGAAUGCAAUGAGGGUAGGGGAAGCUGUGCGACGGUCGAUAGAAGAUGGUGGAGAUUCUCGGAAAGAGUUGGAGGCUUUUGUUAAUCAUAUUACUCGGUAGAUGAAAAAACAGUGAGAAGUUUUUGUUUUCAUAUUAUUUCUUUAUGAUUAUUACAAAAUACCGUGUUAACUACUUAAUUCAACUACGCUUUGCCCAUGAAGGAGUAUGUAUUUUUAAAACUUUGAAA